AUGAAAAUGAAGAGAAAGGUGGUGAAUGCCGCCGGCAAGCUGAGAUUGAGUCCUAAUGAGGAAGCCUUCAUUUUAAAAGAAGAUUAUGAAAGAAGACGAAAACUAAGAUUGCUACAGGUUCGAGAACAAGAAAGAGAUAUCGCUUUACAAAUAAGAGAAGAUAUAAAACAGAGGAGAAAUCAGCAACUCACUCGUUUGGCAGAAGAACUAAGGACAGAAUGGGAGGAAUCACAAACUCAGAAAAUAAAGAACUUGGAAAAACUGUAUUUGGCAAGUUUAAGAAAUAUGGGAGACGGGCAUCAACAAGCCAAAGAAAAUGAGCCUGAUUUAAAUGCUCUGGCACACCGGGCAGCAGAAAGAAAAAAAAAAGCAGAAAUGAGGCAUAAAGAGGCCCUGAAAGUACAGAAAAAUCAAAAAGAAAUGUUAAUGAAACAAAAAACCUGGCAUAUAAAAGCUCGAAAAGAAGCACUGCUUGCGGAAAAAGAGAGAUCUGCCAAAAUUACAAGUCUGCCACCUCCUCCUCCAACUCUUUUUGAGAACAUUGACUUAAAGAAAACUUCUAAUGUGAAAACCAAUAGUUCUACCUACCAUCAUCUUUAUACUUUUGUUAAUAGAGAGGUGGACACAAAGCAGCCAGAUCCUCAUUUGGCUGCUAAAGAAGAGGCUAAAAGAUUGGAAGAACUACAGAAACAAGCAGCAGAAGAGAGAAUAGAGCAGUGUGAGAAGGCACAUGCACGGGGUUUCCAAGCAAUGAAAAAGAUCCAUUUGGCUCAAAAUCAGGAGAAACUAAUGAAAGAACUCAAACAGCUACAACAAGAGGACCUGGCACGCAGGAGACAGAUGGUAGCACGGAUGCCACCACAACUAGUUGAACUUCCAUACAAACGCAGUGAAAUGAAAGAUGAUUGGCAGAGACAGCUAGAAUUUGCCUUUGAAGACAUGUACAAUGCAGACAGGAAGGUGAAAGGAAACCUGAUUUUGCACCUUGAACCAGAGCCUCUGCCCACUGUGACUGAUCAGAUCCAAGAUGAAGAACUGGACCUUUCAAUGGAACAAGAAAUUACAGGGGAGACUGAAAACAUUCCAGUGACAGAAGCUGAAACAAUAUGUUCUAGUGAAGCAGAUGUUCCCUUGGCAAUGAAGACCCACCAGAUUCCUUCAAAAAUUCUUUUUAAAAAAUUAUUAAAUAAGAUCCGAAACCAAAAGUCUCUCUGGACAAUUAAAUCCAUGUCUGAGGUUGAAAGCGAAAUGAUUACAACUGUUAGUGAAACUGAAAGUAAAGCCCUGACAGUUGAAUCAGGAGCAGCUGUGAGUGAAGACAGAACAUUAUCCUCUGGGCAGAAACAAGAUGUUGAAAGUGACACGCUAACAGUUGACUCUGGACCACUUACUAGUGAAGAUAAACCACUUUCAUUCAAUACAGACUCUGAAAAGGAACAAGAAAUGAAAGAGACUCAGCCUAUCACAGCAGUAGCUCAGAGUUCAGUUCUACUUCAUCCUCAGGAAGAAGCAGCCAGAAUUAGAAUGGCAGCAAGGCAGAAACAGAUAAUGGAAAUAGAAGAACAGAAGCAAAAACAGUUGGAAUUACUUGAACAAAUUGAACAACAGAAAUUAAGGUUAGAAACUGAUUGCUUCAGAACUCAGCUGGAAGAAGAAAAAAGAAAAAAAACUCAACAGACUGGGGUUGGCACUGCACCAGCAUCAUGCACCAUAAGUUCUGAUGAAGAUAAUCACAGGCAGAUGAUUUAUAACUAUCAACAACAGCUAUUACAGCAAAACAGGCUUCACAAACAGUCUUUUGAAACAGCCAGGAAACGAUUACUCGACUAUCAGACUAUGUUGAAAGGAAAGUACCCAUCCAUGUCAGCUGCACCAUUGAUACCUGGUUCUGUUACAUCAGUACCACCACAGAAAUCUGAAAGACCUACUGUUAUAUCAGAACAUGAGGAUCAAGGUCAGAGACCCAAGUUGAGUCCUAACAAACAACCUAUGCAACCCGUACAGAUCUCCAAAUUAGAGCAAGAUUUUCAGGUUCCAAGACAACAUCGCUUUCCACAAAGACAGGUAGAAACAACCAAAACAUUAGUUACUUCAGAUGUUUUAGCCGAGCAAGCUUUGGAAUCACAGGAACAGCCAAAGCAACUCUCACAGACUGAAACACAACAGAGAGACUAUAAAUUGGUCCCUAAAGACUCUCAUACACUUUCAAGGGCUUUGUCACAUGAUAAGCCACUGAUAGUACAGGAUGCUAGAGAAAGAGCUGAAACAUCUGGGGCAACAACUUUUCAAACUUUAGACUCCCGGCAAAUGUUCUCAGAGAACGAUGAAAGUAUAUCAUCUAAGUUAACUGAACCUUCUUCAUUCCUACCAUUGGUAGCUGAGCAUUCUUUUAGUUCUCUGCCUACUAAAGUUGAGUCUGGAAAAAUCCAGGAACGCUUUUCAACUGGGAGCAAAAGUAUAGUUUCUGUAAGCCAUUCUGUAGUUGGCCAAACGCAGGACAAGUCUUUGCCAUUCUCAGAGAAUAUCAUAGCCCAGCAAAGUAAUUUGAAGGCUCUCCAAAAACGGUUAGACCUACAGAAAGAAGUUCUUCGGUUAAGACAGGAAGCUCAGGAACAAUUGCUUUUGUGCAAACAGAAAGAAUUGGAAGGGCAAACUAGCCUUUCUGUAUUCCUUCCAUUGGUACCUCUGGAUUCGUUUGCUUCACUGCCUUCUGACAAAGCUGAGUCAGGGAGAAUCCAGGAAUCUUCUCCAACCAAGAAAGAGACUACAGUUUCCUCAGGCCAUCCUGGGGUCCCACAACUUCAGGAUAGGCUUAAUUUUAAAUUUCUCCAAGAACAGUUAAAUAUUCAGAGGGACAGCUCUCAGGCUAGACGGGAAGCCCAGGAAGUAUUAUGUGUACAUAAACAGAGUGAAUUGGAUGGAAGAGUAUGGGCUGAACAGACUGAGCCCCCUUCUGUCCCAUCUCAAGGAGCUCAGCAUACAUUUACUUCACUGCCUUCUGCUGGUACUCAAUCUGGAAAAAUCCAGGACCAGUAUUCAUCUAAGAGUGAGAAGGAAAUUCUCUCAAUCCAAUCUGAAAUCCCAAAAUCUCAGGAUGGGUCUUCAAGUUUCCUACAGCAGUUCCAACCUUUGCAUGAUAGUUUGAAGUUACUCCAAGAACAGCUGACUACACAGAGGGAUGCUCUUCAGGCCAGGCAUGAAGCCCAGGCAGAAUUACUUUUACGUAGACAAAGGGAUUUGGAAGACUCUAAGUCUGUGCAGAUGAGUUCUUCAUUCCUGCCAGUGGUCACUCAACGUUCAGUUGCUUCACAAGCUUCUUCUAAAACUGAGCCUAGAAGAAUUCAGAACUUUUAUUUCUCUGAGAAGGAGAGUGUUACUCCCUCAAGUCAUUUGGUAAUGCCAGCAUUUCAGGAUGAGCCUCUUAGUUUUCCCCAGCAUAACCUGCCACAGCAGGAAAAUCUAACAACACUCGAAGGUCAGUCGCACAUUCAGAGGGUAAUACUUGGUGCUAAACAAGAAACUCAGGAAUUUGUACACAAACAAAGUGAAUUACAAAAAAAAAUUCCUUCUGAACAGACUGGCACCUCUUUAUCUCUGUCUCAGGGAGCUGAAUCUGAAAAAUUCCAGGACUAUAUGUCAUUCAGGAGUGACAGUACAGUUCCCUUAAGCCAUUGGAAGAUCCCAAGAUUUCAAGAAAGACUUCUGGGGUUUUCUCGACAUAUACAACCUCUACAAGAUAAUUUGGAAGGACACCAAGAAUGGUUAGACACAGAAGAGGAGGCCCUUCAGUUUAGCCAGAAGACCCAAGGGAAUGUAUCUUCUGAACAAACUGGCCCCUCGUUCACACCCCAGUUAGCACAGCUUUCUUUUCCUUCAUUGCCUUCUGUUGAAUCUCUUACAACCCGGGAACCUCUUUCAGCAGAGAGUGAGAGUAGAAUUCCUUCAAGCCAUUUUCAGAUCCCAGAAUUGCAGGAUAGACUUUUGAAGAUAUCACAGCUUAUCCAGCCUCAACAAGAUAAUUUGAAGGCACUUCAACAACAGUUAGCUACACAGAGGGAAGCCAUCAUUCAGUCUAGACAGGAAGCUCAUCAAGAAUUACUUCUGCAUAAACAGAGUGAGUGGAAGGGAAGAAUAUCUCCCGAGCAGGCUGGCACCUCUUCUUUCCUGCCCCUAGUUGUACAGCGUCCUUUUACUCCAUUACCUCUUAGUGAAGCUGGUAGAAUCCAAGAACCUUGUUCAGCUAAGGGUGAUAAUAUAGUCUCCCCACGUCGUUCUGAGAUACCAGGGUUGCCUGAUAGGCUUUUGGGUUUACCACAGCCUGUUUUACCUCAACAAGAUUAUCCGAUUACAUUUCAACAGGAACACGUGUAUACACAGACAGGUGCCCUUCCAUGUAGUGAGAAAACCCAGAAAGAGUUGGUUUUGCCCAGACAAUAUAAAUUUGAGGAGAAGUCAUCUGAGCAUUUUAUCCAACCUCUCCAUGGUGAUUUGAAGGCACUUCAAGAGCAGUUAGACAUACAGAGGAAAGCCACUCAUUCUAGACAGGAAGUCCGAGAAGAAUUGCUUUUGCAAAGACUAAGUAAAUUGGAGAAAAGGGUCUCACCUGAGCAGACCAGCACCUCUUCAUCCUUAUCCCACAUAGCACUGCCUGUUGCUGACUCUGAAAGAACCCAAAAAUCUCUUCCAACCAGAAGUGACAGUACUGUUUCUUCAAGUCAUCCUGAGAUUCCAAGGUCUCAGGAUAGGCUUUUGAGUUUAUCCCAGGCUUUUCUGCCUCAGCAAGGUCAUGUGUCAGCACAGUUGGGCUUACAGAGAGAAGUGCUGCGUUUUAAUGAAAAAGCUCAGGAAGAACUGCUUUUAAACAAGCAAGCAGAGCUGAUUGAAGGUGACUCUUCUGAGCAGCCUGUUCCCUCUAUGUUUCUACCCAAGGAAAGAGAGCAUUCAUUUAUUCCACUACCUUUUGCUGAAGUAAAAUGUAAAAACAUUUGUGAAUUGUAUUCAGCCAAGAAUGAACAUGCAGCUCCUUCAAGUGCUUCUAUGAGCCCAAGACUUCAAGAUAGAUUUUUGAGUUUUCCACAACCUCUCUUAGCUCAGCAAGAUAAUUUGGGACUUCAGAAGCAGAUGGAGCUACAAAAAGAAGUUCUGCAUUAUGGCCAAAAAGCCCAAGAAGAAUUGCUUGUACAGAGACAAACAGCAUUGCAGCAGCACAUUCAGAAACAUCAGGAGACCUUGAAGGAUUUCUUUAAAGACAGUCAGACAAGUAAGCCCACAGUUGAAAAUGAUUUUGAAACUAAGAAGCUCAGAGAAUGCCUUGUUCAUCUCCAAGAUCUAGCCAAAGACAAUCAGGAAAACAUUGGUACUGCAGGCAGGAGAAACUGUGAUAAUAAUCAGCUCCUUUCAGAAGAUAGUAAUGCCCAGCAAAAUGGGGAGCAUCAGGACGAAGAACUGGGUGGGAAAUCCUCAAAACCACCUGUAGCAAAAGUUAAAGGUGGAUUGGACUUGAACCAACAUGAACUUAGUGCCAUACAAGAGGUAGAAUCACCAGCAAGUGGCAGAACUUCUAUACUAGGUAGACCAGACUUUUAUCAAGACAGAGACCCACUGAGGGUCUCAGUCAGCCGAGAACAGAGUUUUCUUGGGAGCCCCCUGGACUGUGAUCCAUUUGGUCAUCUUCACCCAGUUGCCCAGGAGAGCAUCUGUGGUGAUGACUCUGAUAAAGCAGAGCCACAGAUGACCGUAUGCCUUGGCCGGCUUUCUCACAAAUGUUGGCUAUUGGGAGUAAGAGAAAAACUAACUCAGAAUACCCAGAUUACUAAUAUCAAGGUCAGCGAGGCUGUGGUUGAGAAUCAUGCAGUGUUAAGUCACGCUGUGGAGGAAGAAGACCAUACGUACCUGGGUCCAAUUGUGAAGCCAGAUGAUAAGGCUGAAACACAAGAAAUUUAUCAUGAGCCAUUAUCUUCGAUAACUGUUUCUACUGGGAGCUUUUUAAGUUAUGAAAACACAGAUUUGAGCCUUACAGAGUCGUUUUCAGAGCUUGUGGACCAGAGGGAACAAGAAUCCCCCACCAGUAAAGAAGAGGAAACAAAUGUUUUAAGUUCUGUAGUUCCUUCAACACAAGUUACUUAUCAAAGACAGGACCCUCAGGACGCCCUUAAACCUCUUUUACCUGCAUUGGAAACAUUUACAUCUGGUCAGACACACAUUCAGCAGAUGACAGACAAGUACAUAAAUGAAGCAAAUUUGAUGACUGAAAAAACAGACUUGCGGGUUGACUUUGACUUUCCAGAACUGGAGCACAGUUUUCCAAAUUUGCAUCGUCAGCUGUUUAAACCCUUAGAACCACAUCCAGAUUUUGAUUCAUCAUCUUUCUCUGGGAUUUCUCAAGACAGCAAAGACUUUUACCAGAGGUCACAUUCCUCCUGUGAAAGCCUCCGUUCUAGUCUGUCACCCAAAAGUACAGCUUCUUUUACAGCACUGAGGACCAGCCUGCAUUCUCUUAACACCAGCCUGAACCAGCAGCCUGACCCUAACUGGGCUCGUGAGGAAGCUCAGAGUUUUGCUACAGAAAAUGUUAUUGAAGGGUCUGAACAAUCUUUUCAACAACUUCUGCCAGAAUUUUCUUCACAGGAAGGAAGCCAGCAUGCUAAUUUACCAAGUAUAUUUAGCAGCAUUGAAGUGAGAGAUUCUUCCCAAGGGGUGGAAAAUCAAUACUCCUCCUCUGAACAGAAUGAAAUAUUACAAAACAAGCAAAAAAGUGUUCAUUUCCAGCUCUCUGUAGGAAAUUUGCAAAGUUCAGUCUUCAGUUCAUCUGGUGAGGCUAAUGUAUUUCGUCAGUUACAUCUACAGCAUAGCACUCCAUGUGGUUCUGCCUCUAGUGAGUGCUCAGUGAAAGACCAACCAGAAGGCAGAACAGACAGACUGGGCUUUGAAGAACCGUCAGAAAGAGAAGGUACAGUGUUACAAGGCCAAGGGCUCACUGAUGAUGAAGAAACCUGUGGCAUUUUAAAUAUAAAUCCACAAUUAUGUGUAAGAACUUCAAUUCAGACACCAUAUUCAGUCACUGUUCAGAAUGAAAAAUGUCUUGAGGAUUCAACUACCGCAGAAACUCCAACAAUCAUAGGAAACCAAACUCAACUAGCACAGUCAGAGCUCUUUGUAAGUUCUGGAUCGUUUUCAUUACAGAACUCUAUUCCAAUCUGGGAGACAGAAUGUGGCCAUGGUAUAAUGGAAGAACCAGAACUUACAUUGAUAAGCAACAGUGAUAUCAGUAUUGCUGAAAUGGAUUUUGCAAACUUAACUCUAGAAGAAAAGAGAGAAAAUGAGGCAAAGGGCUGUUUUCAGGUGAGUGAAUUUCUGCCUCUAUCAGAAACACAAAACUCAGACUGUCCAGCUGCACCAGAACAUCCUGUGGAGAAACCAGCUGUGUGUGCAGAAACCUUUUCAAAGUUUACAGCUACUCCAGGGAGCUUACAAGAAGCAUUUAUGAAAAGAAAAAAAGCAUUUAUGGAGAGAUCCUCACAAAGACAGAAAGAAAUAAGGAAUAAAAUUCGUAUCUCUGGAAGCUCUCAAACCAAAAUAGUAAAGGAGAAACCCACAGGUUCAUUUGUCAGUCACCUAAAGGGUGUGAACAAGGUUAGAGUGUCUCUUCCUGAAGACAGAAAGACUGCACAAGCCCAUAUGCACCAAAGGGCUAUAAGAUUAUACCAUCAGUUACCUGAAGUGAAAAAGCAAAAGGAAGAGAAAGCAAAGCAAGACGCAUAUGCCCAAAACAGAGCAAAGGCAAAAGAAUUUCAUAAGAAAACAUUAGAGAAACUUCGAGCCAAAAAUAUAUGCUGA